AUGAGGAAACCCUCCGAGGAUUGUCUCACUUUGUCUCCAGACUGGAAAGUAGAAGAUGAGGACAUCACACAGUAUAGUCCAGGAGAAAGCCUGGCUCCCUCCAAUGUCCAUCCGGCACCACCCAGUGUAGAUGGACCAUCGGAAUCCUCGUAUCCUGAGGAACCUCAGAUUUUCCGGGACCGGGCCAGCCUUCCAACAGAGAAGAGGAUUUCCUGCACUGAGUGUGGGAAAUGUUUCCAAUUUAAAUCCAACCUUAAUGAGCAUAUAAGAUCUCACACGGGGGAGAAACCAUUUUCCUGCCUGGAGUGCGGGAAAUGUUAUUCAAAGAAGUGCAAUCUUUCCAUACAUCAGAGAUCUCACACUGGGGAAAAACCAUAUUCCUGUCCUGAGUGCGGGAAAUGUUUUUCAUAUAAGUCACAUCUUUCCACACAUCAGAGAUUUCACACGGGGGAGAAGCUGCAUUCCUGUUCGGAGUGCGGGAAAAGCUUCAUACAAAAAUCAGAACUUGUCCUACAUCAGAAAUCUCACACGGGGGAGAAGCCAUUUUCCUGUCCUGAGUGCGAAAAACGUUUCAAAGAAAAAUCAGAACUUGUCACACAUCAGAGAUCUCACACGGGGGAGAAGCCAUUUUCCUGUCCUGAGUGCGGGAAAUGUUUUGUACAUAAGUCGAACCUUGUCAUACAUCAAAGAUUGCACACGGGGGAGAAGCCGUAUGCCUGUCCUGAGUGCGGGAAAUGUUUUAAACAGAAAUCAAACCUUGUCAUACAUCAGCGAUCUCACACAGAACUUAUCACACAUCAGAGGUCCCACACGGGGGAGAAGCCGUAUUUCUGUCCGGAGUGCGGGAAAUGUUUUUCUCAGAAGUCCAAUCUUUCCAGACAUCAGAGAUUACACACGGGGGAGAAGAGGUUUCCCUGUACUGAGUGCGGAAAGGGAUUCCAAUUUAAAUCCCAAUUUAACUUGCAUAAAAUGUCUCACACGGGGGAGAAGCCGUAUCCCUGCCUUGAGUGCGGGAAAUGUUUUUCAAAGAAGUUCAAUCUUCUCAUACAUCAGAGAUCUCACACGGGGGAAAAACCAUAUUCCUGUCCUGAGUGUGGGAAAUGUUUUUCAGAUAAGCCGCAUCUUUACACGCAUCAGAGAUCUCACACGGGGGAGAAGCCGUAUUCCUGCCCUGAGUGCAGGAAAUGUUUCAUACACAAAUCAGUACUUGUCACACAUCAGAGAUCGCACACAGGCGAGAAGCCAUAUUCCUGUCCUGAGUGUGGGAAAUGUUUCACACAAAAAUCAGAACUUGUCACACAUCAGAGAUUUCACACUGGGGAGAAGCCGUAUUCUUGUUCUGAGUGUGGGAAAUGUUUUGUACACAAAUCAAACCUUGUCACGCAUCAAAGAUCUCACACAGGGGAGAAACCAUUUUCCUGUCCUGAGUGCGGGAAAUGUUAUUCAGAGAAGUCCAAUCUUUACACACAUCAGAGAUCACACACAGGGGAGAAGCCAUUUUCCUGUCCUGAGUGUGGGAAAUGCUUUGUAAAAAAAUUCAAUCUUACCAUACAUCAAAGGUCUCACACGGGUGAAAUGCCGUGCUACUGUAGCGAGUGUGGAAAAUCUUUUGUAAGCAAAUCAGUACUUGUCACACAUCAGAGGUCUCACACGGGGGAAAAGCCGUAUUCCUGUCCUGAGUGCGGGAAAUGUUUUUCUCAGAAGUCCAAUCUUUACAAACAUCAGAGAACUCACACGGGGGAGAAGCCAUUUUCCUGUCCUGAGUGCGAGAAAUGUUUUUCAUUGAAGUCCUCUCUUUAUAAUCAUCACAGAUUGCACACAGGUGAGAAGCUUUAUUCUUGUCCUGAGUGCGGGAAAUGCUUUGUAAAAAAAUCAGAACUUGACAUACAUCAGAGAUCUCACACGGGGGAAAAACCGUAUCUCUGUUUUGAGUGUGGGAAAUGUUUUGUAAAAAAAUCAGAACUUGUUCUACAUCAGAGGUCUCACACAGGGGAAAAACCAUAUCUCUGUUCAGAGUGCGGGAAAUGUUUCUCAAGAAAGUUCAAUCUUUAUGGACAUCAGAGGUCUCACACAGGUGAGAAGCCAUAUUCCUGUUCUGAGUGUGGGAAAUGUUUUGUACAAAAAAGUCUGAACUUGUCAAACAUCAGAGGUCUCACACAGGUGAGAAGCCAUUUUCCUGCCUAG